AUGGCAGCGUUCCUCCUAUUCCUCUUACUCGCUCUCGCCGCCAGCAACAGCGAGCACGGAGGAGCAGUUGCUGCCGCCGCCGACCCACCUGCCGCCCUUACCAUCCUGACACUGCGCGGUAGCCCCGAAAAGACCUCCCUGGCCGUGCAGACCCACGACCUCUCCCUCGCCGGCUUCACCGACGAGAGCCUCCACUGGCACGCCUUCCCAGGCCACGAGCAUCUCAUCCCCACGUCCAAGCCCCUCCCGUUCGGCAGCAGCUACAGCGAGCUCAUCGGCGGCCUCGCCAACCUGCCAGGCCUGCCGCUUGGGCGGGACGCCAUGGUGCAGGCCGUCCGUGUCCUCUCCGCCUAUGACCCCGCUGCCGACGUCGAGCCGGUCAAGCGGGCUCUGGCGGCCGUGAAGGUGAUGAUCUGCGAGUCCGGGCGGCUGAAGCCCGUCAGAGAGGCCGUCAGAAGCGGAUGGGACAGCGAGUCCCGCGUCGCCCCCGAGCAUCUGCCCUACAUCGAGCACUGGGACACCAUGUCCUACGAGAUCAUCCGCGCCAACCGCACGGGCAAAUGGGAAGACGGGCCCUUCACCAAGAUGCUGGAGACCCAGGCCAACAUCCGCAGCAAGGAGGAGGCGGUGGCGGUGAUGAACGUGCUGAUGGAUGCGGACUUCGAGCAAGUGCUCAAGGCGCACGCCAUCCCGAUCAACUUACAGUAA